AUGACCCUACCAACCCCCGUCACCGAAAUCGCCCUCCUCCACCUCAAAUCCACACCCCCCUCCUCUUCAACCCUCACCCUGCUCCGGGAGGCCACCUCCGCGCAGGCCAAAUACUCCUCCUACCCGGUCCACCUCUUCACCCAAGUCGAAGACCCGUCCUUCAUCUAUCUAAUCGGCGGCUGGGCCUCAGCGCGCCAGCACCACGAGGACUGGAUCCCCUCGCCCGCGAACCAGGAGUUCAUGCGCCAGCUCGCAGACGAAAUCGAGGUGGUGUGGAUGUUCCACGUGGAGGGCGACGCGGCGCGGCAGGCGGAGCUGCUGCUCGGGGCGGCGGUUGUGGCCGUGGGGCGGUAUUUCGUGGGUGCGGCGCGCAGGGAUGCGUUUGAGAGGGUCUUUGGGGAGGUGAGUGGGGGUUUGGAGGGGUAUACGGCGCCGCUGCCUUUGUUUGGGGGGUGGAGGGUGGAACGGGAGGAGGGGGAGGAGUUUGUGUUGCUGAGUGGGUGGAAGGAGGUGCAGGCCCAUUAUGACUUUGCGAGCUCGGAGGGGUUCAAGGAGUUUUCGAAGAUUAGGGAGUAUAUGGAUUCGGCGGAGAUUAACCAUAUGGUUCGAUGGGAGGAAGGAGAGAAAGGAGGAAUGAGUACGUUGAGAGACUAG